AUGUCUCACUGUGCAGUGUCUGGUUGCUCAAACCGCCAACUGAAGUGUGUAAAAAACAGAGAUAUUAAAUUUUAUCGGUUUCCGAAAGCUAAAGACUUCUGUAAACAAUGGGUUAAAUUCUGUGGUCGGAAAGAAAUAAUUAAUGUUAAAAACGCUCGAAUAUGCUCUGAGCACUUUACUGCUUCGUGUUCAUAUAAAUCGCUUCAACACAAACUACUGCAGUACAGCCCCAAAAACAGACGAAGGCUAAUGCCCGAUGCUGUUCCAAGUGAAAAGGGACCUAUAUCUACAGAGGUAGGAAUUGUGGAGCUAGCAUCACCAAAAAAAAUAUCUUGCAGGAAAGACUUAUUUGACGAAGUUCGUUCAAUUGAGGUUUGCAACUGGGAGGAAAAAUAUAAGGAGCUACAACAGAAAUUUAACGAACUUGAAAAAAAAAUGGAAGCAAUGAAGGCUGAGAAUGUCUUGCUGAAGCAACAAUUGCAAAAGAAGACAGACAACGCAGUGAUAGCAAAAGCAGUGUCAAUAGUGUUCACAAAAGGACAAAUAAAGAAAUUGUUUAGUAAGAAAUAA